AAAAUUCUCUUCUUUUUUUAACCCUCCUUCGCUGUGCCUUUCUUCGAGCAAACACAUGAAUCUCCUUAAAUUACACUCUGAGAAUUGAAAAGGAGAUACUUUGUUGUAUAUCGAAAAGGUGUGAGAUUUCCUCACUUGUCUUCUCCAAUUCAUAUAUGGCAAUUGACAUAUCGGUUCUUGGCCGAUCUGUCAUUGCCACCACUCGACAAUAUCAAAAUUCAGUAAGACUUGUUCAGAGAUACAACCCUACAAUCACACUCUGUGUCUCCUCCUCUAAUCCCUCCAGCUUGAGCUUUACUAGAUUCCGUCAAAGAUGUUGUGAACAACCUAAACAUAGCCACAGAAGCCGGUUUCUAGUGUAUAGCGCGACGAGUCCCGAUUCCGGCGAGGAAGCUGGUUCGCUUGAGACUCUACUGAAACGAGGAAUCCCAGUUUUCGUUUUGGUGUUUGGAGUUUUGUUAUAUGGAUGCAGCCGGAAAGCAUCAACAAAUUAUGACGCUUUUGGUCAGAGCGUAUUGCUCUUGUUGAAGAAUGCUUGGCCAAAAACUUGUCAGGUUCUUAAGCUUCUUAGAGAACAAGGUCUUAUCUUAGCUGUGCUUCUCGGUCUAUCAGCAUUCUUCUCCAUGGCAGAGACCUCCAUCACCACUCUUUGGCCCUGGAAGGUGCGUGAGCUGGCUGAAAAAGAGCCCGAAAAUGGGGUCUUUAGAAUGCUGCGCAGUGAUGUUACCAGAUUCUUGACAACCAUACUUAUUGGAACAACUGUUGUGAAUAUUGCUGCAACUGCCCUGGUCACGGAAGCGGCAACAGCUAUUUUUGGUGAAGCUGGUGUUAGUGCAGCUACUGGUUUGAUGACUGUUGCCAUAUUACUCCUGACUGAAAUAACUCCAAAAAGUGUAGCGGUUCACAAUGCUCAAGAGGUUGCAAGGAUUGUGGUCAGACCAGUGGCGUGGCUUUCCUUGAUAUUAUAUCCUGUUGGGAGAGUUGUGACAUACCUUUCGAUGGGAAUUCUGAAAAUCCUUGGUUUGAAAGGGCGAAGUGAGCCAUUUGUUACUGAAGAUGAACUGAAACUGAUGCUACGUGGUGCAGAAUUAAGUGGGGCCAUAGAAGAGGAAGAGCAGGAUAUGAUUGAAAAUGUGUUAGAGAUAAAGGAUACACAUGUUCGAGAGGUGAUGACUCCUCUUGUCGAUGUAGUUGCCAUAGAUGGCAGAGGCAGCCUUGUCGAUUUCCACAAUUUCUGGGUGACCCAUCAGUACUCAAGGGUUCCUGUUUUUGAGCAGAGGAUUGAUAACAUAGUUGGUAUUGCAUAUGCUAUGGAUCUCCUAGAUUAUGUCCCAAAGGGUGAACUGCUAGAAAGUAUAACCCUAGUGGGCAUGGCACAUAAACCUGCAUAUUUUGUCCCUGAUUCAAUGUCGGUUUGGAAUCUUCUUAGGGAGUUUAGAAUAAGAAAAGUUCACAUGGCAGUUGUUCUUAACGAAUACGGCGGAACCAUUGGAAUAGUAACUCUCGAAGAUGUGGUCGAAGAGAUCGUUGGUGAAAUAUUUGAUGAAAACGAUUCAAAGGAGGAGAUUCAGAAGAAAACGGGUUAUAUCGUGAUGAGAGCUGAGGGGAUAUAUGAUGUUGAUGCCAACACUUCGAUUGACCAGUUAUCUGAAGAACUCAACAUGAAGAUGCCAGAGGGCCAUCAGUACGAAACAGUCUCAGGUUUUGUAUGUGAGGCCUUUGGGUAUAUCCCAAAGACUGGUGAGAGUGUGACGGUAGUCCUCGAAAAGGAAAACUGGGAAGAGCAUAAUGAACAAGAAGAGGGUAAACACGAGCGUCAAGAUCAGAAGGAGAAGUACCAGAUUUAUAGACUAGAGAUACUAGCUGGGAAUGCCAGAAAAGUGAGUGCAGUCCGGUUUGAAAGAGUUAAUGAUAUGGUUGAAGUUUCUGAGUCGCGCGAUGUAAGAAACAUGGUUCCCAAAUUCGUAAGAAAAUGGAGCAGUGAGGAAGAAUUAGAGGGUAACCAGCAUGAGCGGAACUCGUUGUACCAAGAAUACAAAGCCAAUAACGCCGUCUCUGAUGAACAUUCAAUUACUGAAAAUGAAAGUGUGAGAAAAGAAUAAUAAUGAUCAUGGGGAAGUGGUAGAGGAAGAGACUAUUUCUGCUGUAAAUUUUGUAACUGAGCAAAUAUUAUUACAUGGGGAAGUGGUAC